UGCGCCGCCAUGCCGACUCUAUCAGCGAAUGGAAUAAUUUAUUCACCAACCUGCCUGACACUGGGCGACUAGGAGUUCACUGAAGAAGUCGACAACACAGUUUGGGGGGCAGAGGAGCUUUUUUUCCACGGACAGACCAGCUCGGGAUACCCGCGCUGUGUUCAGUGGCGUGUUCGCGUUGCCUGCCACCGUUGUGUUGAUGUAGGGACACUUGAGAGCUAGCUACGCUAACGUUAGCUCGAGUGGAGAGAGUGCGCGGUGGUGACAGUCCGGCCGGAGGCGGGGAGAACUGAGAGAUCCAGAAAAAAUUCCAUGUCUGCACCAGCCCUGAAAACCAAAAGAGAUGUCUGUUGAUGAGGAUACAGUGAAGACUGGCAGUCCGCAGACCAGCUCAGCAUCAUCUCUGCAGCUCUCAGAAUGUACUGGAGGUUACAGCAACAUAUCUGUGAUGGUGGAGGGUACUGCAGCCACCCCUGAUUUUGCAGCUGCUUGUCCUGUCUUAGGUACAGCAGCCUCACCAAAACACACCAGCACGACUGACGGGCUUACCCACUCAGACGACGCUGGACAAGGAGCCAGGGGGAACGAGAAUAACAUCAAUCGCAGGAACAGCUUUCAUCAUUCCAAACAGCCGCAACAAACAAAAUUAACAAAGCGCCGCAACACAGCAAACUCUGGUUUCAAGCAUCCCACAUCUGGAAAGAGGAGACGAAGGGCCAACUCUGAGAGCGACUCCGUCCUGCCUACCAAUUUCCUCCUGGGGGGGAAUAUUUUUGACCCACUGAAUCUCAACAGCCUGCUUGAUGAGGAGGUCAACAGGGCACUCAAUGCAGAAACGCCCAAAUCCUCCCCGCUGCCGGCGAAGAGUCGAGACCCUGUGGAGAUCCUCAUCCCCCGGGACAUCACCGAUCCACUGAACCUGAAUAGCGGGAUAGCAGACAGUAGCUUUUUGGUGUCCCCAUUCAAGAGUGGAGGCAGGAAAAGACACCGCAACAGACACCAUGGAGGAGGAGGAGGAGGAGGAGGUGGUAGUGGAAUUUCAACAACACAGAUCAACCUCUCAGAGUCAGGAAAAAGUGAGGUUAAAACUGGCACCUCCGCACCGCUUCCAGGUAUGUUAGCCUCAUGUUCUGCACUAGACGUCUCCAAAGAGUCCAACAGUUUCUCCAGUGUCACAGGGGAUUCCCAUGAGCACUCAGCCGACAACUCAGCCAGCUGCAAGGAGGACACAACAUCUGUAUCUAUAGAGGAUUCCACUUCCUCCAUAUCAGGGCCACCAAACCAGCACACAAGCAGGCGCAAGCGUAGGCGCAACUCUGGCAAAAUGGAGCCCCCUGUGACCCAUUCCACACCAGUUGGAAAGUCAGGAUCUGGAGACAGAAGUUGGGGUUCAGGAGGAUCGAGAAAUUCCCAGUCCUUCCACACACCAAGGAGUGGUUCCAAACCAGGGCCUGGAGGUCGCCAGCACCAGCAGCCCCAUAACCAGGCGAAGGAGCAUCAGAAGAAAAAGUUCCAGUAUGGAAAUUACAACAAGUAUUAUGGCUACCGCAACCCAGGCACUAGUGAAGAUGCACGAAUACGCUUGCUACGUCCAGAAUGGUUUGAAGGUAAAGAUGUUCUAGAUUUGGGGUGUAACUCUGGCCACCUAACACUUUAUAUUGCCAAAAUGCUAAGACCUGCCCGCAUUCUGGGCCUGGAUAUUGACAGUGCUCUGGUGCAUGCAGCCAGGAAGAACAUCAGACAUUAUCUGUCUGAACUGCAGACCCAAGAGGCCAGGCAUGCAAUGCAGGAGAAAAAGAGCACCAAGCAGGAGGAGAGGAAUGGAAAUGAGAGUCUCACGGGCACAGACAAGAAGCACAAUGAAGCCGAGAACAGGGAUGAAAACGGGACACCACUGAAAGGAGAAAGUAGCCCUGCAGUGGCUGUAAAUGACAAUGACUCCUGUCACACAGAUGAGGCAGGGACCCAGAGGCAGGAUGGCAAAACAGAGGAAAAGGAGCAGGAGGAUUGUGAAUCACCCCCCGCAGAUCACUCUGUGAGCUGCUCUUUUCCUGUCUCCCUACGGAUCUCCAGGGGGCCCAUUGCUGCACCACCACUGACAGAAACGCCCACCACGCGGCCUGGAGAGUUCCCCUCAAAUGUGUCCUUCAUGAAGGCCAAUUACGUCCUGGAGAACGAUAAUCUUCUUUUGACUCAGCGGCCAGAGUAUGACGUGAUCAUGUGCCUGAGCGUUACCAAAUGGGUUCACCUGAACUGGGGAGACGGUGGCCUCAAGCGGCUCUUCAAGAGAGUCUAUAGACAUCUCCGUCCUGGUGGCAUCUUCAUCCUGGAGCCACAGCCCUGGGAGUCCUACGUGAGGAGGAAGAAGCUAACGGAUAAUAUUAGCAGGAAUUUUCACAGCAUCCGCCUCAAGCCAGACCAGUUUUCAUCAUACCUUACAACAGAGGUGGGCUUCACCAGUUCUGAGUACCUUGGGGCCCCCAAGUGUUCAAUAAGAGGUUUUCAGAGGCCGAUGUACUUAUUUCACAAAUGACCGCUCCUGCCUUGAACAUCAUUGAAUGUGAGUAGCCUAAGCCACCAUCAUACACACAAGCCAGCCAGCUGCCCUGGACUGCAAGGAAUCAUCAGAGUCCUUUACAGCUUUUCAGUCGCUGAAGAUGAAAUUCAGAAAAGGAGAGUGGGACCAAAAGUGGAAUUAAUUUUGUAAAGAUGAGAUCUGUUGAGAAGAGGCACUUCUCAGAGUCCUCCAUGUCUACAAAAUCGUAAAAAGUGAGUGAACUCAGAUAGGACUCUGCAACGUAUAAACUGGAGCCACACAUCAUAGCUUGGCCAGACUGUGGAAGAGGUGAUCAUUUCCCUGGACUAGCGCUAAUGAUCCUCCAGUUUGAUGCACGGCCAAACAUGUGUUUGAAAAUCUUUGGCCAUAUAUCUUUACUUUCAUAACUUUGUUCUGUGCCACCACAUCACCAUACGUUUUACACAUUAGGGUUGGGCGAUAGGGCAGGCUUUUCCAAAUGGCAACUAUCACUACUUAAACCACACUGUGUGUUGCAUUUGCAAAAGUGCAGUGUACUACUGGAUUACAAAGCCAUUAAACAGAUCAUAUUGACAUGAUGUGUCUUGAAAAGCCACACUGGAGUGCAGGUAAUGUGUUUUAUGCUGUGUAGGACACUGUGCAGGCUGUUGAAGCCUCAUAUUGCUGGCUCCAUCGUAACUACUGAUGGCAUCGAAAUUGUGCUCCUGGUGGAUAAAUAUCUGCAUCAUGUUUUAAGCCUUGAAUCCCAUUGUGGCAGACAUAUAAAGCACAUAUUGUGGUCAAUUUAAACAGCCAAACAAAUACCAUCAGCCAUAGACUCAGUCUAUGGCUGAUGUAUUUGUCCCAUCUCUAAACCCUAAUAUAUAGUUUCUUUUGUCACUACUUUGCAAAAUAGGCCUUAGAGCUGAAUAAACUUAAUCUGGAAGACAACUAUGGAAAUGUGAAAGUCCAAAUUUUAAGAACAGGCAAUAUGAAAAGCUCCUACAAUGCACAAACCUGAGGUGAAGUAAGAAGUGGCUUGUCUAAGUGAUAAAGACAAUGACGCAAGAUGAGAAAUAAACACUCAAAACAGCCAAAACAUCCGAUGAAAUAAUGAAUGCUUCCUUAGUGCAGACACUUUCAAGGUAUUCUCUCUUUUUCUUAGUAGCGUUUGGUUCCUUAAAAACCGUCAUGAGAAAUGACGAAGCAGUCAUCAGAUAUUAGAUUCUGUCAUUAACACAUGGAGACAGUGUUUAGUUUUACCAUGCCUGCUACCGCUGGGAGUUAGGGUUGGGCAAUAUGGUGAAAAUCAAAUAUCACAAUGUUUUUUAUCAAAUACUUCAGUGUGGAUAUUGCGUCAGUAUUGUAGGGUUGACUGUUGGUGUUUUGACAAUAUAUUUACACAAUACAUUUCUGGUUAAUAAUUAUCAGUAAUGUACGGGCAAAUGGUGCGUGCAGUCUGGUUACAUCACUUUACUUAUGGCUGUCCUUAUGACAGUUUUUGGACAUUGGGGGGUAAAUGAGAGACAAGUAUGUUGCACCUAAAACAGCAUGACAACUAACCAGUUUGUUAGCAUGCAGAUUGCACAUUCGCCAUCAUAGCUAGAAAAAGAAUACUUUGCAACACGACUAAGCUGUUACUUACAGUUUUCAGGUGAUUUACCAACUCAGGAUUUUUGACAAACCAGUUUCAAAGUUUGCGCUGCUGGACUGCCGGUGACUAACAUUAGAUGAGAGCGAGUUGGACUCAAAACUGUCAUAAAGUUUACAUGUCCUUUUCAGACAAUAUUUAAAAAUAAUUCACAUUAAUGCAUAAUGAACACUGCUGGAUAACCAUUUCUUAAUUUGUGGGCUGUUUGGAAAGUUGUGGGGUAAUGCGUGGAGCAGUGGAAUGCUGAUUUUUCAUGGCAAUGAUCAAAGCUUCAUAACAAUGAGUCAGCCCUUACUUUACUGAAAUGCGGUUUUCAAAACCAAACAGUCAACAUUUAUGAUAUUAACAUCUAAGACAUGAUGACAUCUAAGGCAUCUAAGACAUCUGAGACAAUAUUUCAUCUCAUAUCAACACGUCAAUGUAAUAUCAAUAUUUUGCGAAGCUCUACUGAGAGUGCUUGGUACAGUAGCUCAAACCUUACACCAGCUAAAAUGGUAUAUCCCCAAAUGCAAGUCAAUAAAUCCCAUGUUUUGGCUGUUUUCAAUGUAAACUUCCUACAAACCUUCAGGUCUGUGUAAUUUACUUGAGCAUUUGAUGCAUUUAGGAAGCAAAAAAAAAUCACUUCAUGGGUACUUAAAGCCUUUUCGAUGCUCCAUCCUAAUGGUAGGGGGCACAUUUGAGCUGUGCUGACACCCAGGUGUCGGCUCAGCUCAAGAUAAUUCAGCACAGACACCAUGAGGCCUAUUUUGCAAGGUAAAUCUGUAGCAUGCAGUGAUCUAUUUUUUUUAAUGACAGUUAAGCCAUAGCCCUUCCUUAUAUGUUGUUUACAAUGUCUGCAAUGACUGAGGUAUAAGCGAGGGUAAGAUUUAAAGCGGAGUUGUUAUUAGAGUUGCUAGAGAGUCUUCAGUGCUGUAAAAUCCGACAUGCAUUGUUUUGUGUGGUCUCAUCAUCACUGCUGGACAGGCAUUCAUUCAAACAGCAUCAGAAUUACUUUUGAGUAAUUGGACAAAUAUUAACAUUUGUAGAAAAUGGAUUGCUAACUAAAAGGAUCGAAGGGUAUCCAUAUAACUUUUUACUAAAUUUGAAUAUGAAAUGCUGUUUGUAUUGAAGCGCUGCCAAAAUAUUUUCUGGGUCUUUUGCUCUGAAUUUGACACAAUAUGCCAUCGUCAUCUUACUCUUUGGCCUCAUAAGAGCAGCUAUGAGUUACAGGCAGUCAGUCUUUGUGAUUGUAUCUUGGUGUGCACUGAGCACCUCUCGUCUACAACCUUUCAUUCUGUGGCUGGGACUGAAAAUCUUCCUUUUUUUGUGACUGGUUCAAUGACAGCAUUUUGCAUACUAGAGUAGGAAAUGAUGGAUGAUUUAUGUUUCUAUUUUAGUAAGUGAUCAAUGUAAAUAAGUUUGCUAAUUUUGUUUUACUGUUGUCAAUAUUGAGUUCAUAACUGCUUUUGUCAUUUUCCGGUGGAUUUUUUUGUUUUGUUUUCAAAUGUUUGCUGCCAAUUUGUGCGCGAGUCAGAGUUUUUGUCCUAAAACGGACCGCUAAUUCAGCUCUGUAACAACAAAUGAAAAUGUACAUUGCAAAUUUCUGAUGCGUUUGCUUUGUUCUGUCCUGGCAGGCACACGGAUUGUUAGAGCGGCUCUUUAUUUUUUUAUAAACUGUUUGAAAGGAGUGUUGUUGUCAAUGCACUCUCAUUUCACUUCAUUUGACAUGUUGUAGAGAUUUUAAAUUUCUUUAAAAUAGAAAAAUUGAACACUUUUUUCCAUCAAACUUUUUAUAACAAGUUGUGGAACACUGAUUUAAUUAUAAAAAUGAAGCUUCAGGUUAUAUUUUUAAUUGAAAGAAAAUUGGCUUCAAACUCAGUUGGCCCAUCAGACACAGGGCAACAAAUCACACCUUUCUCCUAAGCUAAGACAAUCGGAUUCUCAGGCUUAGAUCAGCCCACUGCUGUAAUUACAAGGGCAUUUUACUUUUUGAAUUAGUAACAAAAGUUUUACUUCUUGAGUAUUUUUUGGCAAGCAAAUUGUUUAAAUCUAGUUUGUGCUUUGCCACCAAUGUGAAAGAUUGCACCUUACUGUUUCAGCAGCAACAUCUUACACAUUUUAACCCAACAGGCCAGCUAUCCAAGCUACAGCAUGUCUUUGCUGCAGAAGUGAAAUUGCAUGUUGUCAUAUACAGUGCUGUUUAAACUUUAUUUACUCCCCUUGAGGUUUUGCACAAAGUGGACCAAAGUCAGAAAUAGAAUUACACACAAAAUGUAGUGUGAGAGACAAAACACCCCUUGUUUCAACACGCUUUAAUGCCACUUAGAAUAAUUGCUACUUCAAAUGUAUCAUGCUCAGAUCUCAUGUUUUAGUAGCCUAAAGCAUUAUGUUGCAACAUUUGCUCUUAAAUACUAUAAUUCUGCCCCUAAAGCUAACAAAAAUCAAUAUCAUAUCACUGGGAUGAGUUUAAAGUUCAAGAUGGAUUACAAUUAAGAAAAACCACAGGGUCCAGGUUUUCAUGUUGCAAAGAAAACCAAAAGUAAACAUGACAAGAUAAAUUGCAGUGAACGCACAUACCACUGUAUUUUUUAUUUAUUGAUAUGUAUUUCAUGUUUGUUUGUUUUUUUAAUUUGCAACUUGACGACUCAGGACCCAAUCCAAAAAAAUGGAUUCCAUGAAUUACAGCACUGGGUUUUCUGCUUGUUUUGCCGAGACCUCUGGAUGCUACAUCGAGUUAAGUUCACAUUUGAUUAUUAUAUUUUAAUUAUUAUGUUUUAAUCCUACAAAAUUCCAGAGAUUGUCUUUAACAUCACAGCAAAUUUCAGUGGUAGCUAAUCUCUAAAACCUGCAGAUACUGCCCGAUUAUAAGAUCUGAGCAGCAUUAGCAAUGAGAUAUCAAUAAAAUGUUUUGUCAGACCACACUAAACCCUUCAUAAAACAAUAGUGGUGCUUAGCUUUGCAUAGCUUUUUUUUAAUUAUUAGAAGUUUUCUAGAUGACAGUACAUAAAAUUGUUCUACAACUGUUGUGAAAUAGUGAAAACUAGAUUUAUUAAGCAAAAGAAAAACCUCUUUGUAUGCAUAAACUCGAGGGGCGUAUAAAUUUUAACAGCACUAAAAUUCACCUCUUCAUGUCGAAUUUGCACUGAUACGAUUUGAGGGACUUCGUACAUUUUUUUGCAGUUAAAGUUGAUGUUUUACAUGUACCUUAACUGUCCUAGAAUCAGUUUUCUGGAAAAACUGUUGGAAUAAAAUCCCCCUCUCUGUCAGGGAAGCUUUUAAUUUUCAUGCCUCUGAACAACAAGAUAUAUCUGAAUGUUUCUGUGUUUUAACAUUUUAAUUGAUUAAAAGUGGU